CUUGAAUAGAUUGCUUGUUUUUUUGUUCAUUUUCUCAAGUAAACGACAUCCGAAAUAAAGACGUUUAAGACAGUACAUUUCUUGCGGGGUUCAGCUGUUUUUCCAAAGAUCCAUCCUUUUUUUUUUAAUCUCUGCUGCAGAUGCAUCUUCUUGUUUGAGUUAAUGGGUUUUUUUUUGUUUCCAUUUUCGUUUGAAACCCAUUGGGAGAGAGCUCUGCGAGGUUCUUCUGAAUCUGCUGCUGGUGAAAAUGUUCCACAUGUAACAGAGCCAAGAACUUUAACCUGAAACUGAAACUACUCUUCGUGUUUCCUCUCACUGUUCUUGGUCCUUGUCCAUCACUUUCUUGGAUCCCAUCCUGAGACAACGUCAAAAGGGGAUUAGAUUUGUAGCAUUGUUGCCAGUUUCAGACCAAGAUGCAGAAACCUCCGCAGAAUAUAGACUUUGCCCUGAAAGAGACCUCGCCAAAGAUCGGGGCGGGUGCUGUCGCGGGUGAUAAGCUCUCCUGCACUUAUGAUCUCGUCGAGCAGAUGCAUUACCUCUAUGUCCGGGUCGUCAAGGCGAAAGAUCUGCCAGGAAAGGAUGUGACCGGGAGUUGUGACCCUUACGUGGAAGUGAAGCUCGGAAACUACAAGGGAAUGACAAAGCAUUUCGAGAAGAAGUCGAAUCCCGAGUGGAACCAAGUCUUCGCCUUUUCCAAGGACAGGAUCCAAGCUUCGAUCUUGGAGGUCAUUGUUAAAGACAAGGACGUCGUGCUCGAUGAUCUGAUCGGUAGAGCUUUGUUCGAUCUUAACGAGAUUCCUAAAAGGGUUCCACCAGAUAGUCCCUUGGCUCCUCAGUGGUAUCGGCUGGAAGAUCGACACGGGAAUAAGGUUAAGGGUGAGCUCAUGCUUGCUGUCUGGAUGGGGACACAAGCCGAUGAAGCAUUCCCUGAUGCUUGGCACUCCGACGCAGCGACAGUGGGGCCCGAUGGCGUGGCCAAUAUAAGGUCGAAAGUGUAUCUAUCGCCAAAGUUAUGGUACGUGAGAGUGAAUGUGAUUGAAGCUCAAGACUUGGUGCCUCACGACAAAACUCGAUACCCCGAGGUAUUCGUGAAAGCAAUGCUCGGGAACCAGGCCUUGAGGACCCGAAUAUCUCCGACAAAAACCUUAAACCCGAUGUGGAACGAAGAUCUGAUGUUUGUGGUGGCCGAGCCCUUUGAAGAGCCGCUGAUUCUCUCGCUGGAAGACAGGGUUGCGCCUAACAAAGACGAAACGCUCGGGCGGUGUAUGAUCCCGUUGCAGAACGUUCAGAGGAGGUUAGACCACAGGCCGUUGAACUCGAGGUGGUUCAACCUCGAGAAACACAUUUUGGUCGACGGGGAGAAAAAGGAGGUGAAAUUCGCUAGUAGGAUCCAUCUGAGGAUCUUUCUGGAGGGCGGAUACCAUGUUCUUGAUGAAUCAACUCAUUACAGCAGCGAUCUAAAGCCGACGGCAAAGCAACUAUGGAAGCCGAGCAUCGGAAUACUCGAAGUAGGGAUCAUUAGCGCUCAUGGCCUGAUGCCGAUGAAGACAAAAGACGGGAGAGGCACGACUGAUGCCUAUUGUGUGGCCAAGUACGGACAGAAAUGGGUCCGGACAAGAACUAUAGUGGACAGUUUCAUGCCGAAAUGGAACGAGCAGUACACUUGGGAGGUGUUUGAUCCUUGCACUGUGAUCACAAUCGGAGUUUUCGACAAUGGGCACAUCGGAGGAGGAGGAAAAGACUCAAGAAUCGGCAAAGUGAGAAUCAGAUUGUCGACACUCGAAGCCGAGAGGGUCUACACUCAUUCUUAUCCGCUGCUCGCCUUCCAUCAGUCGGGCGUGAAGAAAAUGGGCGAAGUACAGUUAGCCAUACGGUUCACUUGCUCGUCUUUGAUGAACAUGCUUCACAUGUAUUCGCAGCCACUCUUGCCCCGGAUGCAUUACAUCCACCCGUUAUCGGUCAUCCAGCUCGACAGCCUGAGACAUCAAGCCAUGAACAUCGUCUCGAUGAGGCUGAACCGAGCUGAGCCGCCGCUUCACAAAGAGGUCGUCGAGUACAUGCUCGACGUGGAUUCUCACAUGUGGAGCAUGAGGAGGAGCAAGGCCAAUUUCUUCCGGAUCAUGAGCGUUUUAAGCGGCCUUAUCGCCAUUGGCAAGUGGUUCGAUCAGAUCUGCAACUGGAGAAACCCGAUAACCACGAUUCUCAUCCAUGUUCUCUUCAUAAUCUUGGUUCUCUACCCGGAGCUCAUCCUCCCGACCGUUUUCUUGUACCUCUUCUUGAUCGGUAUCUGGAACUUCCGUUGGAGGCCAAGGCAUCCGCCACACAUGGACACACGGCUGUCUCACGCGGACGCUGUCCACCCGGACGAGCUGGACGAGGAGUUCGACACGUUCCCGACGUCUAGGCCAUCGGAUAUCGUGAGGAUGAGGUAUGAUCGGCUGAGGAGCAUCGCGGGCAGGGUGCAGACGGUGAUAGGAGAUCUCGCUACGCAAGGGGAGCGGUUCCAGUCGCUACUGAGCUGGCGUGACCCGAGGGCGACCACGCUGUUCGUGAUGUUCUGUCUGGUCGCGGCCGUCGUGCUGUACGUUACCCCUUUCCAGGUCGUGGCGCUUCUCACGGGGAUUUACGUGCUGCGGCACCCGAGGUUCAGGUACAAGCUCCCGUCCGCUCCGCUCAACUUCUUCCGGAGGCUCCCCGCAAGAUCCGACAGUAUGCUUUAAGCCAGAUCUCGUGGCUGUAAUGAUUUCAUUGUAUUCUUCCUUCGAGUUGAACUGUGGAGACCAAUAACGUUGUCGCUUGCUAUGCUAUUCAUGGAGUUUUUUUUUUUUAAUGUAAAAUUUCAUCA